UCCUGUAAGUUUAACAGCACAUGCAGAAGAGUCUGAAGUCUGAGUCACUACCUUAACCUCAAACAGUUUUGAUGACAGGAUAGUAUACUAUGAUAUGAAAGUAUUAGGCCACGUAGUAUAACACAAACAAAAACUACGUGUGGAUAAUGGUUUGUGUGUAAGCCUCUACCUUUUAUUCACCUGUGGGCUUCUAACUGGUUUGUCGAGCUCUGCUUCAUUCAGCGGGAGUUCAAAGGUCUAAUGUGAAAUAAAUUAACAAAUCCCUUGGUGAUUUAAUAACUAUCACAUCUUGCAUUGCAGCUAUAGUCUCUUGAUCUGUUUGGUUCAAGCAAGUGGAAACAUAUUAACCUUUCACCUCUUAGACAACAACCAAAUUUUCCAGCCAAAGCCAGAGAUAUUUGAAUGGUUCAAGACCUUUUUUGCAUGUCUCAAUUGGUACGGCUAAAGCUGAACAACACUGAAUCCCUGAGGCUCAGGUACUGUACCAUAAGUUAACACUUCUACAUACUGCAUUCAUCUAAGUGGGAAAAAACAUUCAUGUGUGAAUUGUGAAAUGACUGACUGGAAACUACGUAAGUGUUUUUUCUGAAGCUUAUAACAGGUUGACUUUUGCGAAAGAGUGGGUUGAAUGAGAAUCGUUUUUGUUACAUCACACUAAACACAGGUGCCUGUGAAGGGAGGGGCAUGAUGACAGAUGAUGUGGUAGGCUUUGAACAUCACCAUAGAGAGUUCGAGAUACACUUUUCAGUCAGUCUGAGAUACAAUGUUUAAUAGGCAUAUAAAGAACAGCAGCUUACUUAUGAUGGACAUUGUUACUGUGUGAAUUUUUUCCUCUGCUUUUGUUCAUCCACUCUUAAGAAAACAGAUUUAAUUACUUUGACCCAACACAUCCCCCAAGAUGGAUAAGUUUCGUAUGAUGUUCCAGUUUCUCCAGUCCAACCAGGAAUCUUUUAUGAAUGGGAUCUGUGGUAUCAUGGCACUAGCUAGCGCACAGAUGUACUCUGCCUUUGAGUUCAGCUGCCCCUGUAUGCCAGAAUACAACUACACCUAUGGGAUCGGAUUGCUUAUUAUUCCCCCUCUAUGGUUCUUUAUGUUAGGUUUUGUAUUGAACAAUAAUGUGUCAGUGCUUGCCGAGGAGUGGAAGAGACCCACAGGGAGACGGAGGAAGGAUCCCUCAGUCCUUCGCUACAUGUUUUGUUCAAUCACGCAGAGAUCCUUGAUAGCACCUGCGGUGUGGGUGUCUGUCACUCUCAUGGAUGGGAAGAGCUUUUUGUGUGCUUUCAGUGUCAACUUGGAUAUUGAAAAGUUUGGGAAUUACAGUCUGGUAAAGGGGAUGUCAGAGACGGAGAAGAUAAAACUUCUGGCAAAGAUUCCAUGCAAAGACCUGUUUGAGCAUCAGGAAAUAAGAGUGGCAGCAUCACGAUACAUCAAGUGUAUAUCACAGGCAUGCGGAUGGAUGUUUCUGCUCAUGAUGACCGUCACGGCCUUCCUGAUCCGGGCUAUUCGACCAUGCUUUACCCAGGCCGCCUUCCUCAAGACCAAAUACUGGUCUCAUUACAUUGACAUUGAGCGCAAGAUGUUUGAUGAGACCUGUAAAGAGCACGCCAAGAGCUUUGCCAAGGUUUGCAUCCACCAGUACUUUGAGAACAUCAGCGGAGAGAACUUCUACCACCAUCACUCCAGCAAGGACGACAGCUUCGAUGAAGACGAAGACAAGAAGAGAAGCGAUGAAGACAGGCUUCUGGGUAUCAGGGCCCAGGAUGAUAUGAAUAAAGUUUUGUGGAAUUGGCACACCUGUAAACCAGCUCUGGCUCUGAGAAAGGACCAGAUAAAUGGUGAAAACAAUGGCAGACUGAAUGGAGAAGCCAAUGGAGCAGUAAAUGGGUUUGUAAAGGGGCACACCCAUGACAUAGAGAAAAAGGAAUGGGCGGUGUAUUAUAGUAAGGUCUGAAGAGUUCAAACAGGAAAAAGUAAUGCUACAGCUGGGUUGUCUUUAGCUUUCACAUAACUGUAUUGGUACAGGAAUUAUUUUAUUUCUACAACCAGGGGACAACUUUAUCUUUAGAAUCUGUUUAAAUGUUAGAAAUACAAUAUGGUUCAGUUGAAUCAGAUUUGUACUUAAUGCAUAGAAUAUUUGGUGCAAUAUGUAAUUUGACUUAUGGUACAAUACUUGAGCAUAAAACCCACAAAGUGUCAACAUAUUUCUGGUUCACAUACAGUUCAGUUUACUCAGAAGAUGUCUGGUAUUGGAUGUAGUCCAAAACAUGUUGUUUUUACUGUUGUCACAGCUAUGUUUUAUCUAUAAGGCAUUAAUUACUGUUCACAUUCUGCUGCUGCUCUCUGAGGGACUGAUCUUGGCAAUAAUCUGACGUCUCUGUAUAUUGUAGGCUGCAGAAAUAGAGCUGUUGUAUCAGGCGGAUAGUAAAGCAUUAUUACAACACACUGGAGAGUUCUCAUUGAUAAUGCUAAAUGUUUGUGUUGCUCUCAAGUGCAGAGCUGCCAUAAAUACUCCCAGGGCACGAAACAUAAGCUGAUAACAUGGGUCAUAUGACAGAUGGGGAAAAAACGCUAUUAGAGAUACACUUUCAGACAAACACUUUAGGAGUCAUUGUUGAAUAUCUUUAGGUUCUACGCUGGGCCAUGUUAACAAGUAUCCAAAGUUACCAGUCCUUUAAAGAUUUCAACUUGGCCAUU